CUCAACGUCAUCGGCAGUGGCCGAACGUGCCCUUGACUAGCAUGUGAGCUGACAGUGGUGCGAGUUCGGCUGUUUGAAAUGAGUAAUGCAGGUGGCUAGUUAACCAGGCCAGACACGCUCAAAAUAAACUUCGUCCGCGUUUCCUCAGUCUUUGUGACCACCAACUGAAAGAAGAUGCCUUUACAUAAGUACCCUCCACGACUAUGGGAAGCCAUGAAGUUAAAGAAGGGCAUCUACGCUCGUCUGCCGCAGCACUAUCUCAAAGCUCUGCAGGACACAACCCCUCCUACCCCUGUGCACUGGAAACCUCUAGGGGUAAAAUACAGGGUUAACCCCAAAACAGGCCAGCGGGAGCGGGUGCAGGACAUCCCCAUCCCGAUUUAUUACCCACCAGAGUCCCAGGAUGGCCUUUGGGGUGGAGAGGGCUGGAUAACAGGAUACAGAUAUGCCAAUAAUGACAAGCUCUCUGCUAAGGUGAAGAAGAUCUGGAAGCCUCAACUCUUCAAGAAGGAGCUGUACAGUGAAAUCCUCAACCAAAAGUUCACCAUCACAGUCACGGCUCAUACGCUGGAUCUUAUUGAUGCUGCUUAUGGCUUUGACUUCUACAUUCUGAAGACACCAAAGCAGGAUUUAAACUCCAAGUUUGGGAUGGACCUCAAACGUGCAAUGCUUCUCCGGCUAGCACGGAAAGACACAGAGCUCUACCCAGAUGAUCCCGUUCAAAGGGAGAAGAUCUACAACAAGUAUAAGCAGUUUGAGAUUCCAGCUGAGGAGGCGGAGUGGGUAGGACUGAGUCUGGAAGAGGCUGUGGAGAAGCAGAGACUUCUGGAACAUAAGGACCCUGAGCCGCUGUACAGGAGCUGCGUGGACAAACUUGUGAAGGAGCUCGCCAUACAGAAACUGUCAGAUCCCCAGAUUGUGGGAAAGAAAGACUGACGAUGGGAUCAAUGCAGUAACAUCCUUUGACCUCAUAUGGACACAAAUUGUGACCAACGAUUACUGCUUGGUUGGUUGGAUGCUUCACUGUCCAUUCUCCUUCACUCCAGUAGAUGGCAUGGAUUUCUGUGUAUGACGUCACAUCUGAGUGAAGCUGCUUUGUCAUCCUGGGCCUGUUAUUGAUCCAAACACCACAACGUCUCGUCUACCACGAGUCCUUUCUUGUGUUAUAAUGGAAGUAGUGGAAAAUACUUAAGUGAUUGUACUUUGUUAUUGUACUUAAGUAUUAUUUAAGCUGAAUACUUGUACCUUUACUUUUAAACAUACUUUUCACUCCUUACAUUUUCAUUUAGGCCUUCAGAGUACUCAUUUCAAAUCUCAAACACCAGGAGAUUUUUCUGUUUUUCUUUUUUUCUCAUCAGUCUAGUUCCCAUCCAUUAUGUUUAUGUGGUGUGCAUUAGUCACAACAUCCAGAGUUUGUUAAAAAGAAAAAAGGCUGGUUACUUGAUGAAAAGUAAAAUGUCCUGACUUACCUGUUACAACAUUUACAUUUUACUUUUAUAUACUUACAUACGUUUAAAUGUAAAUAGGUUAUUACUUGCACUAAAGUAAAUUUUGUCUCCAUA